GCGCGCUCGGUCACAGUUCGAGCGGGAGAGAAUGCAGCGCCUCCCCGAAGCUAAUAAACUAGGCUGUCUCAUAACUCAGAACGUUGCAAUGUUGAGGCGUAGGUGUUUCACAACUCUCAUUCUAUUUUUCUUUUACUUAUCAUAGACAGAAUUUAAGUACCUCCGUGAUAUGAGUAUCAGGACAAUACGCGUGUACUCUUAUUUCCAUUACGUUUGACCUCUCGAGUCUGCUCUGUCAAAGCUAAUCCAAGCUUCAGCACGUCGAGAUAUAUGGAGGAUGGGGGAUGAGGAAGGGAAAAGAGGGAUGUAUAACAAGAAAAUGUUCUAUCGAAGCUUCAAAACCCGGACGAAGAUAGAGAAAGUAGAGAUGGGGAAGGCGAGAGAUGCAGAAAGUGAAUUCGCGAUAGCGCGGACCACGAUAAUAGGAAUCGUGGCGUUACUGAUUGGAUUUAACAGCCAUGAUUAUGCAUGCGAUGGAUUGCAAUAUCAACCGGUUGAGAUUUAUGGAAACACCGAGGAAUGUGCUUUGAUCCUAGAUGGUCCUGGCAGAACUAGCGUUUUCGAUUAUACUUACAAUUUGCUUCGUGGAAAUUUUCCACCUACUGCAGGAUCACAGACCUGUAUCACCUACGAUGCCGUUAAUCAUGCUUAUAUCGAGGCGAGGAAACGCAUCAAUGUCGCAAGACCCAAAAACGAAAUCUGGAGGCCCGAGGACCUAGCUACGGUCGGUGAACUCUUAUUGGACAUAUCAACUAAUCUAGCUCAAAUAUAUGGUCUGACAUUCGAGGAUAUCGAGAAAAAUCUUCCGUUGAUCGACACCUCGAAAACUUUGAUACGCGAGGUAUGUCCAGCUUUUCUAAGCAACGUCGAAUGUCGACCAGGAAAAUAUCGAAGAUACGAUGGACUCUGUACGAAUUUACAAAAUCCAACUUGGGGUUCAACUCUGUCGCCGUUCACCAGAUUGAUGCCACCACGAUUCUCCGAUGGUAUAUCAGCACCUAGGAUAGCCGUAAGUGGACGAGAAUUACCCUUGUCUAGAAUAGUAUCCCGUACGAUGCAUCCAGAUGAGGGAUAUCACGAUCACGCUGGUACUGUCAUGGUGAUAGCCUGGGGACAAUUCAUGGAUCAUGAUUACACUCUUACUGGAACGCCCUUAGAUCCACUAAAUCGUAAUGAUCCAGAAGAAUGUUGUUCUCGUCCUCCACAUCUGAAGAAUCCAUAUUGCAACGAGAUUCGUAUACCAGAAGAUGACUAUUUCUACAGAUUGUUUAACGUUCGAUGUAUGGAUUUUGUACGAGCGUUCCCAGCUGUUCGACCAGGUUGUCGUCUUGGAUCACGUGUACCUUUUAACUUGUUAACCGGAGUUCUGGAUGGUAAUACCGUUUACGGUAUUACAGAGAAUUUUGCUAGAAAACUCCGUAGCGGUUAUGGCGGAUUGUUAAGAAUGAAUCCAGUUUUUAACGAGUACGGAUUGAAAGAUUUAUUGCCAUUGAAAUUAGAUAUACCAGACGAAGGAUGCACUCGUCCGAACAAAUCGAUGUACUGUUUCGAAGCAGGUGAAAUUCGAGUUAACGAGCAAUUGGUAUUAACGUGUAUGCACACGUUAGUAGCAAGGGAACAUAACAGGAUCGCGAAGGUACUCACUCGUAUUAAUCCCCAUUGGGACGACGAGACGUUGUUUCAGGAAUCAAGACGCAUAGUCAUCGCUGAAAUCCAACAUAUAACAUAUAAUGAAUUUUUGCCGAUUCUUUUGGGGAAAGACGUCAUGGAAAAAUUCGGACUUCUUCUCGAGAAAAAUGGAUACUGGGAUGGAUACGAUCCAACCGUAAAUCCUGGUGUUAUCGAUGCAUUCGCUGCUGCUGCAUUUAGAUUUGGACAUUCUUUGCUACCAACUGCGGUCGAACGUUGGAGCAAAGCUCAUAAAUUUAUCGCUUCCAAAAGAUUAUCGGAUCUAAUCAGAAGACCGUACGAUCUUUAUCGCGCUGGAGUCUUAGAUGAAUACUUUAUGGGAUUGAUGAAUCAAGUUGCCCAAGCUAUGGAUGACUCGAUAACGCAAGAAGUGACUAAUCAUUUGUUCAAAAAGGUUGGCGCAAAAUUCGGGAUGGAUUUGGUAUCGUUCAAUAUGCAACGCGGAAGAGAAUUUGGUAUACCGAGUUACAUGGACUUCCGAAAAUAUUGUGGAUUACCCGAGGCAAAGACCUUCGACGAAUUGUUUGGAUCCAUGCCAAACGAGACUAUCGGACGAUAUAGUUCCAUUUUCGAACAUCCAGCUGACGUAGAUCUGUGGUCCGGUGGUGUAUCGGAGCGACCACUUCCGGGUAGUAUGCUUGGUCCAACCUUCGCCUGUGUAAUCGCUACGCAAUUUAGCCAUUCACGACGUGGUGACAGGUUUUGGUACGAGUUACCGAACCAACCAUCGUCCUUCACUCUCGAUCAACUCAAUGAGAUUCGUAAGUCGAAGCUAGCUAAGAUGAUAUGCGACAAUACAGACCUCAUAGACACCAUACAAAUAUAUCCUAUGGUCUUGCCUGAUCACGAAAUCAAUCCACGAGUACCAUGCCGUAGUGGUGUAUUACCAAGUAUAGACCUGAGCAAAUGGGCCGAGUUUCCAACGAGCCAUUCAACGCAAUAUCGUUUGGUGGAGGAACAUUUGCUUGACGUGCCGGGACGUCCGGUGAAUGCGGACACGGUACGGGACCACUACGAGAAACAGGACGCUUUUCGAAUCUUCUUUGAGAGUAUUAACGGCAUUGCUUCGUAUCUGGGCAUCACGAGAAAGUAAUGCGCGCGCGCACACGCACACCAGAGACGGGUCCAUCUACUGAUAUCGUUUCGUAAAAGAAAAAGAAAAAGAAAAAGAAAAGCAAAAGGAAAAAAAGGAA